AUGUUACUUUCUCUGUAUCUCCAUCACCUUAUUCUUAUAAACAGUGGUUGCUGGGGGGUCGAAGAGACGAUCCCAGGCAGAAAGGAGACGAUCCCCGCGGAGACGAUCCCCGGGGAGACGAUCCCCGGCAGAGAGGAGACAAGCCCAGAGGAGACAGUCCCCGGGGUCGCGGAGACGAUCCCCGGGGAGACGAUCCCAGGCAGAGGGGAGACGAUCCCAGGCAGAGAGGAGACGAUCCCAGGCAGAGAGGAGACGAUCCCAGGCAGAGCGGAGACGAUCCCAGGGGAGACGAUCCCCGGCAGAGGGGAGACAGUCAUAGGGAGAGGGGAGACAAGCCCCGGGGAGACAAUGCCCGGGGAGACGAUCCCAGAGGAGACGAUCCCAGGCAGAGAGGAGACGAUCCCCGGGGAGACGAUCCCCGGGGAGACGAUCCUAGGCAGAGAGGAGACGAUCCCCGGGGUCGAGGAGACAAGCCCAGGGGUCGAGGAGACGAUCCCAGGCAGAGAGGAGACGAUCCCCGGGGAGACAAUCCCGAUCCCCGGGGAGACGAUCCCCGGGGAGACGAUCCCCGGGGAGACAGGCAGAGAGGAGACGAUCCCCGGGAGAGGGUAG